GAGCUUUCAACAGCUUCUCUCUCUCUAUCUCUCUCUCUCUUUCAACUGGGAUUUUAGCAAGAACAGCAGCCAUAUUUGGACCAGUAAAUAGAUAGUUGAGUUUGAAGUUUGAACUCAAAUAAAGCAUAAAAAAACAAAACAAGACAUACCUUUUUUAUUUCUCUACCUAUUUAUCAUUUCCUCUAUUUCAAGAUUCCAUUUUUUCUCUUCCUUCUAGCUCAAAGGUUUGAUUUUUAUUCCUUUUUUCCUUCCAUUCAUCAGUUUUGUGAAGUACCCUUUUCUUCUUUCUUGUCCAUUAGUACUUUUAUAGUAUUUUUUUUUUGAGGUAAAAAAAAAAAAUUGUGUAAAAAGAUACAAUCUUGAUGCAAAAAUUGUAUUUUAUAGUACUUCUAUAGUAUUUUUCUUUGAUCUUGAAGCUUGAUUUUGAGAGAAAGAUACAAUCUUGAUGCAAAAAUUGUGUAAACAGUUCUUUCUAUUUUUAGUUUUAAGAAGAUAAGUAUGUUGAAACUUGGUUUGAUCUUUUUGUUUUUGGGGUUUUGCUUGCAAGCUCAAUCCCAAAAUCCCCAAAACUUUACAUGUAAUCCAAAAGAUUUCAAAGCUUUAGAGGAUUUUGUUAAAAGUUUGGAAACAGUUCUUGAUUUUUGGGAUAUCAAGAAUUCAACAAAUUGUUGUAAUUGGAUUGGUGUCACUUGCAAUACUGUAGCCAAUUCUCGAAGGGUGGUGAAAUUGGAACUUGGGAAAAAAAAGCUAAAUGGUAAACUUUCUGAAUCUUUAGGCAAUUUAGACCAACUUAGGACACUGAAUUUGUCUCACAAUUUCCUUAAAGGUCCUGUCCCUUUUAAACUAUUCCAUUUGCCUAAAUUAGAAGUAUUAGACUUGAGCAAUAAUGAUUUUUCUGGCUUGUUCAUUGAUAGUAUAAACUUGCCUUCACUUCAAGUUUUUAAUAUAUCUGAUAAUUCCUUUGAAGGACCAGUUCCUGUGGAUAUUUGUGAAAAUUCAACUAGAGUUUCUGUUAUUAAAAUAGGGGUCAAUUAUUUUAAUGGUAGUGUACCAUCAAAAAUUGGAAAUUGUGGUUCAUUGGAACAUCUUUGCCUUGGCUCAAAUCAUCUUUCUGGUAGUUUACCUGAUGAACUUUUUAAACUACCAAGAUUGGCUUUUUUGUCACUACAAGAAAAUCGAUUCUCGGGGAAUGUUAGCAGCAAGAUUGGUAACCUUUCUCACUUGGUUCAUUUGGAUAUUUGUUCAAAUGGUUUUUCAGGGGAAAUUCCAGAUGAGUUUGACAAGUUAAGGAAUUUAACUUAUUUGUCAGCUCAUUCAAAUAGGUUAAGUGGUAAAAUACCAACUUCAUUAGCGAAUUCGGGGAGUAUUAGUUCUCUUAGUUUGAGAAAUAAUACUUUAGAGGGUACCAUUGAUCUUAAUUGUUCAGCUAUGAUUAGUCUUAUUUCUCUUGAUCUUGCAACAAACAAGUUCCGUGGCUCGGUUCCUUCUAAUCUUCCUAACUGUCCAAAGUUGCAAAAUGUCAAUCUUGCUAGAAACAAUUUCACUGGACAAAUCCCGGAAACUUUCAAGGAUUUCCAUAGCCUGUCUUCCCUUUCAGUAUCGAACAAUAGUAUGCAUAACAUUGAUUCUGCUCUAAGAAUUUUACAGCAUUGCAAGAACCUGACUACUUUGGUCCUUACUAUGAAUUUUCGGGAUGAAGUUUUGCCUACGGAUCCGAGCCUGCAGUUCCCCGAGCUGAAAGCUCUCAUUAUUCCAAAUUGCAGGCUCACUGGAUUGGUUCCCGAAUGGUUGAGAAAUAGCUCGAAAUUACAACUUUUGGACUUGUCGUGGAACCGUUUGACAGGAAAACUUCCACCUUGGAUUGGAGAUUUCAAGUAUUUGUUCUAUAUGGAUUUGUCCAAUAAUUCGUUUACGGGGGAGAUUCCGAAAGAAAUUACUGGAUUGAAGAGUAUGAUUUCCGGCCCUAUCUCAAUGGACGAGCCAUCUCCGGAUUUUCCCUUUUUCUUGAAAAGGAACGUAAGCGUAAGAGGAUUGCAGUAUAAUCAGAUUUUUAGCUUCCCUCCAACACUGGAACUAGGUAACAACUUUCUCACUGGAGGAAUUUUGCCCGAAUUUGGAAACCUAAAAACGUUACACGUUUUGGAUCUGAAAAGCAACAACUUAUCCGGGACAAUACCGAGUACCCUGUCCGGUAUGGUGAGCAUAGAGAUUUUGGAUCUAUCACAUAACGAUCUGAUUGGCAAAAUACCGUCCUCUUUAGUCCAAUGUAGCUUUUUGUCGAAGUUCAGUGUCGCUUAUAAUAAGCUCUUGGGGGAAGUUCCUACUGGAGGCCAGUUCCCGACAUUUUCAGCUUCAAGCUUCGAGGGCAACCUGGGACUCUGCGGUGAACAUCUUACUCCGUGCCAAAAUGCUAGCCAUAUUCCUCGUCAUUCGGUUGCCAAAGGAAAGAGGCGGCGAAAAGGAACUGUCAUUGGUAUGGGUAUUGGCAUUGGUCUUGGGACAGUUUUUCUUCUUGCUCUUAUGUACUUGAUUGUUGUACGGGCGAGUAGUCGAAAAGUAGUUGAUCAAGAAAAGGAGAUGGAUGGUGCUAAUAAGGAAAUGGAAGACUUAGGCUCAAGUCUGGUGAUAUUUUUCCAUAACAACAAGGAGAACAACUAUAAGGAGAUGUGUCUUGAUGACCUUUUGAAGUGUACUAACAAUUUCGAUCAAUCAAAUAUUGUUGGCUGCGGAGGAUUCGGUUUGGUCUACAAGGCCAUCCUUCGUGAUGGUAGGAAAGUUGCCAUCAAGCGGCUUUCAGGUGACUAUGGGCAAAUGGAAAGAGAAUUCCAAGCUGAAGUUGAAUCGCUUUCAAGAGCUCAGCAUCCGAAUCUUGUUCAUCUUCAAGGAUAUUGCAAGUACAGAACCGACCGGCUUCUAAUUUAUUCCUACAUGGAGAAUGGAAGCUUGGAUUAUUGGCUGCACGAGAAAGUCGACGGGCCUGCUUUAUUGGACUGGGAUUUAAGGCUUCAUAUUGCUCAAGGGGCAGCACGAGGACUCGCCUACUUGCACCAAGCAUGUGAACCUCAUAUUCUGCACCGAGAUAUAAAGUCGAGUAACAUACUUCUUGAUGAAAAUUUCGAAGCUCACUUGGCUGAUUUCGGUCUAGCAAGGCUUAUUCUGCCUUAUGACACUCAUGUGACUACUGAUGUUGUUGGAACAUUAGGUUAUAUACCUCCUGAAUACGGUCAAGCUGCCGUAGCUACCUAUAAAGGGGACGUUUAUAGUUUUGGUGUCGUUCUUUUGGAGCUCCUUACGUGCAAAAGACCGAUGGACCCAUGCAAGCCUAGAGCAAGCCGAGAUUUAAUCUCUUGGGUGAUCCAAAUGAAGAAACAAAAGAGGGAAACUGAAGUUUUUGAUCCUUUGAUAUAUGACAAGCAGCACGCAGAAGAAAUGUUAUUGGUUCUUGAAGUCGCUCUCCUCUGCUUGCAUGAAUAUCCGAAAAUAAGGCCUUCUUCGCAGCAGUUAGUUUCUUGGCUCGAUAACAUAAACACGCCACCUGACGUUCAUGUGUUUUAGAGGGAAUUUCUUGUACUGCUCGACGAUAUGUACCUUGUAACUCAUUUUCAAGGUGUCGAUAACUUGUAUUUCAGCGGAUGUAUUCUGGUGUAAAUAUUUGUAUCUUUCCCUAUUUGUAGCUUCUUAAACAUGUACAAAUAACAUUGUGAAUUUUGGAUGCGACUUAUCUUACUUUAAUAAUUGAUGGACAACAUCAGAUUAUUGCCUC